AGCACACGUUUAAAGACUUGUAAGCGUUUUCAACCUGUAAAUAAAGGUUGAAUCAAGUAAACUUAAGCUGUGUAAAUGAUGAUUAAAUAGCACUGACUAGAGCUUUUAAAAUUAUAAAGAAACCCUUGAAAAACAAAAAGGUUUUCGUUACUGUUGUCUGCUAAAAUCUGUACUAAUUCUAUAUUCAGUGUAGUCAAUAUUAAUUCCAGCAGACGGCGGUGUAGUUCACAAACAUCAACGACGCAAUCAGCACAAACGCAAUGAAGAAGAAAUAUCCCGGAAGUAACCGCUAAAAAGUCUUUGGGAUCGAAAUAUAAUUGAUUUAUGUAAAAAAAAUGGCUUUUAUGUCUAAUAAUGAUGAUUUGUUUGACUCUAUUACCAUGGCGGAUGACAGAUUUCAUGUUCAGGGUUAUCAAGAAGGAUUUGAAGAGGGGUUUCGACAGGGGACCAUCGAGGGGAAGAACCACGGGCGUCUGCAUGGUGCAAGACUCAGUGUCGAGCCCUGCUGUUUUUUCCAGGUUUCUUUUUAUCAUGGAUUUGCAGUCGCUUGGAAAUGUCUCCUACAAAACAGUAGUGACAUUAAAGCAAGGAAGAGACUGAAAGCUGUGGAAUCAUUGGUUGGAGUGAUUGAGAAAUAUUCAUAUGAAGACCCACAGUAUGAGAAACAUCAAGAGGACAUGGAAAGAGUCCGUGCCAAGUUUCGGCAGGUGUGCUCUGUACUGAAUGUGUCAACAGACUUCAAAGAAUAUGUUAAUGGAUCAACGGACAUGUCCUUCUGAGACUCCAAGGGCUUUUGUGCAUCCGUGGAAGAAACUCAGAACACAUCUCUGAGAUCUCUUGAGUACAUGAGAUCAUCUGCUGGCAGCCAGCAUCGAGGAGUGCUGAUGUGCAGAGAGUAUAAGUGGACAGAUGUGUCACUCUUAAGAGUUUUGGGGCGGUUUAUUUAACCUGAAUGGCAUUUUUGGAGUUUAAGAAUGGUGUGUUAGGGUUUUUCCUGUGAAAAUGCCAAAAAAAAAAAUUCAGGUAUGUUAAACAAUUUCCCAGUAUUAUACAGAAAGAAAGUCACUUUUUAUAUGAAUGUUCCAACCAAAUAAUUAAGAUGGCUUAGCAUUUUCAGACAUUUUUUUUUUUAAAGAUUUUUUUAUCUGCACAGUCCUGUAUGUUCUGCAUUGUUCUGUACAAGAGUAUUGUCAGCGCCAUCUUGUGGUAAAAUCAGAGAAUGCUAGUAAUUAAAUGACGCCGCCUGCUGGCGCGCAGCAAGUACUGCAGUUUUAGUUUGAUCUGUGUGGAUCUCAAAGAUGUUUAAUUAAGAAACGAAGUAAAUAUAAAUACACGAUUAUUUUUAUAAGUUUAGAUAAAGAUGAGCAAUUGUGAUUUUUUGAUUUUUAAGAUGAUUUGUUUUUAUAAAACAUUUUUAAUAAAAUGAUUAUAAUUUUCUGCAUUCUAUAUACACGUGUAUCUCUUGUAUCCAUAUACACUACACAUAACCUAUAUUUUCUCCAUACAAUGUAUUACUCAAAACUGAAAUACACUAGUCAACAUUUAAAGUGGAUCAAAAAAGUUGUCUUAAGACAAAAAUGGGUAUUGUUUAAAACAUUUAGACAACUUUUAUGAAAGAUUUUGAUUCACUUUAAAUGUUGACUAGUGUAUAUCAAUGAAUAUGAUCUGUAAUCUGCACAAUAAAAAUACAUUCUGUAUAGUUUGUGUAUUCAUAUCAUGCAUAUUUAUAUAAUCUUCACAUUAUGUAUAUUCACAUAGCAAUAAUAUGUAUAUCUAUUUAUUCUUGUUUAUCUGUACAUAUCUAUUAUUUGCAGA